AUGCGCUUCUUCACUACCUUCACUACCUUUGGGCUGAUCGCCUUCGUUGCUGCUCAAAAUGCAACUACAACUGCUGAGUCGACCAAAUCCGCCGUUGCCUCCUCGACUGGCGCUUCUUCUGCCGCUCCCACCGCAUCCCUGAGUCCGCAAGUCAGGUGUUUGCAGUCCUGUGGUUCUGCGGACGUUUGCUGCCAGGCAAAAUGUGUCGGUGUCCCAUGCCCGUCUCAGCUCCAAGCAAAUGCGACCACACAAUGUGCUGCGCAAUGCCCACAAGGCAAUGGCACGGCCAGCGAGACUCAACAAUACGCAUCCUGCCAAGCGUCUUGCAUCAGCUCUUACUUCCUGACCGCAUCCUCUACCGCUGCUCCCAGUGCCAGCCAAACGGACAGCAGCUCCUCUGCCACGGGCACUUUUGCUUUUGGACAAAGCAGCGCCACCACCACUGAGAGUUCGGCAUCCACAACCGGCAGUUCUUCAUCUGGAUCAGCUUCGGCCACAGGGUCAUCUGGCAAUGGCGCCGAUAGCCUCCAUGCUGGUAGCGUGGGACUCGGAUUUCUGGCUCUUGUCAUGGCUGGCUUGGCUCUGUAG